AUGUCGAGAAUGACAUCAAUACUGACUUUGGAGUGGAAAGGCAUCGCGUACCAGCUUACUCCUCAUGAUCCACUAGUAGACACUGAGCAGUGCAAACUGGACUCUUCCUUGAUGAAGGAAUUGGGGGCAAAUGCUAUCCGUGUCUAUCACGUCGACCCAACAGGUGACCAUCACGGGUGUAUGAAGGCGUUUGCCGAUGCAGGGAUAUAUCUAUUCGUUGAUUUGGACGACUUCCCCACCCAAAUCACAGAGCGGGCUCCCACAUGGAACGAGAACCAGUACAAAGCGUUUAAGUUAACCUUGGAUGAAUUUCAAAAGUACGAUAAUACGGCCGGGGUAUUUGUGGGAAACGAAGUUCUUACUGUACCGGGUGACUCUGCUGUAGCUCCCUACAUUCUCUCCGCAGCUCGAGAUAUCAAGGCCUAUCGUGACUCCAAGAACUAUCGGAAGAUACCAGUCGGGUAUUCCGCUGCUGAUAUUGAAGAGCUACGCCCCAUGCUACAGAACUAUCUAGUUUGCCGCCCAAAGGAGUCUGAAAGGUUGGACUUCUUUGCCCUCAACGCCUAUGAAUGGUGUGGUAAAUCAACGUUCAAUAUUUCCGGCUACAACAACCUACAAGCCCAAGCAGAAGGCUACCCAGUCCCCAUUUUCUUCUCAGAAACAGGCUGUAACACGGUCCGGCCACGCGAAUUUGAGGACCUCUCUGCCAUUCUUGGGCCCCAGAUGACCGGAACGUGGUCUGGAGCGAUGGUGUACGAGUGGAUUCAAGAGAUGAACAACUACGGCCUGAUUACAUAUGGGAAACAACUCGAUGGAGAUGGAUAUACAGUCGACCCAUCCGCGCUCGAUGGCUUCUCCCGUCGUGGAACUCCCACCCCUGUUAAUCCAGACUUCACAAAUCUGAAAUCCCGCUUCGCAAGCUUGUCACCUAUAGGGACUUCAUUGCCGGACUAUUCCCGUUAUAUAUCAGAAGUUACAGUGCCGCCUUGCCCACUCUCGACACCUAAUGGCUGGGCCGUUGAUCCCAGUUCUGAUUUACCGUCUCGCGGAGAACUGGUAAGAACUCCUGGUGCUAGCACUAGACGUCCAACGUCAGGAGCAACGACAUCUUCACCAUCGUAUCCCAAUUCUGGGAACCAGCAGAUGUUAGUCUUCAGAUUGUGGAGUGAUGGCACCUCGUUCUUCUAUAUGACGAUUGGUUUGUUAGCUAUUAGUGGAGUUAUGGGAUUUUGGAUGUAG